AUGCAAGAAAUGGAAACAACCUCAAUGGAAACUCGACAACUUCAUUCAAGUCAACAAGAAGCGAUGAAGAAAAUAGCUGAAUUUUCAGGGGAAGCUAAUGAAACUGAUAUUGAUGAAUGGUUAUUCGAUUUAAAUAAUUUAUUUUCAUUAAUGAAAUUAAAAGAUGAAACAAGAAUUCUCGAAACUAUGAGCAAAUUAACAGGACCAGCAUUACAAUGGUAUGAAGACGAUUUACGAUUAUUCACCAAUUGGAGUGAUACUGAAAAAGCAUUACGAGAUCGAUUUAAAGAAUUUACAUCAAACAGUCAAUUAAUACAAGAAUUUUUUUAUAUUUAUCAAGAAGAAAACCAAUCUGUUAUAUCAUUUUACGAGAAUGUUAUUCGAAAAUACAGAAAGUUUCAACAAUUUAUUACUGAACAACAAGUUAUUACGGUAUUACAGUGUGGUGUUAAAAAAUCAUUAAAAGAACAUCUAAUUCGUAACGAAAAAGAAAUUAAAAAACCUGAACAAUGGCUGCAAAUUGCAAGAGAAGAAGAAUAUAUACAAAAACGAAUUCAACAAAAAAUUAAUGUUCAACAUCAUGAACCAAAAAAUCCACCAUUUUUUGAACAUACAUUACCAGCAGCAACAAUUCAACCAACAUCAACAAAUGUUCACUCAUCAAAUCAACAACCAUUGACGUCGCGUCAUUAUUAUAAAAAACAACAUCAACAACAAUCAACAUCAACACGUAAUCGAACAUACCCAACACAAAAUAAUUAUAUGACUCUUAACCAGAAUCAAAAAACUUAUGCAAAAAAGGAAACUCAACAAUCAACUCCAUGUUUAAUUUGCAACAAAGACAAUCAUACAACAACUAAAUGUUUUUAUAAGAAGAACAACGGCUGUUUUAAAUGUGGACAACCAAAUCACCAAAUACGUGAUUGUCCUCAACAACAUUUUUUCGAAUAA